AAAAAAUUAAAAAAUGUAAUUUAAUUUACUUUUACCUUUUGUAACUUUGUGUAAUUUAUUAUUAAAAUAACAUAUUUAAAAUUUUGAGGUAUACUUUUGAACUUACUGAAUUUGAUAAGUUAAUUAUAAAUUUAGUUUAUCAGUUAUACUCUCUAUAACUGGUUUUAAUUAGCAAAUUUAAAUUGCUAAUGUAUUAGGAUGCCGGAUUUUCCUUGUAUUUAUGGGGUGAGGGGUUGGCGAAUAAACAUUUUUUUUUAAUUAAUACGAAAAUUCCGAUUUUUAGAAACAAUAUUCUAGUUUAACAGAGAAAAAUAAUUAGGAUUUAAUUUAAAAAUAUAUAAAAAGAUUUUAAAUAAAUUCAGAAAGUUUUUUUUUUUUUGACUAAUUUGGUGAAAAAAUAACAAGAUUUUGAUUAUUGUUGUACUUAAUGUUUUAAAAAACUUAUUCAAUUUUUUGAUAGUUUAAAUGCUUUUUCUGCAAAAUUCCUAAACACGAAACUCUUUCUUAUUAUAAAAACGGUAAUUUUCGUCUCAGAAUUUAAUUAUUAUCAAUAAUAAGCCGCUUGGUUAUUAGAGAAGGGAAAUUUUAUGUGAUUAAUAGGAAAAAAUAGUAGAAUUCGGUAUCUUUUAUGAGACAAAAUAUAUUUUUAAGUGAUUAUUCAUAUAAUUUAA